AAAACCUCAAAAAAAUUUGUAUUUAUUCAUUUUUUUUUAAUGAAAUUUUUAUUUCAUAAAAAGUGAAAGAGACAACGGGAAGAUGAACAGCUUGGGUCAGCUGAAGCGUUGCCUGCAGCGCCGCUAUCGAACUGUGGCCUCGGCCAUUGUAUUUGUUGCGCUGCUCACGUUCUUCCUGGAGCAGAGCUACGUGGGCCAGCAGCGGGAUCUGCUGUACUGGCGGGAAAUGGUGCUGCACAUCAGCCAUCAGCCGUGUCUGUUGUGCUGCCUGACCGCAACGGUGCUCUGCCCGCUGCUGAUAAUGUUGCUGAUCCAACAGCGACUGAUCCAGAGCAUAGAGUACACGGUGGCCAAGCUGAUGCGCCUGUAUCGUCGGCGCAAGUUUGCCGACUUCAUUGUGCGCCGGCUGCUCCUGCAGCUGGAGCUGGCCAUGCAGCGCAUGCCAGGGCAAUUGGAGGCACAGCAGCUGCUGGACGAUCCGAUAACAAGGCGACGCUAUCAGCUGGCCAGCGAAGCAGCCCAUCGGGCGGUGGACAUCUUUAGGCGUGACGCGGCCGCUCUGCUGUUCCAGGGCUAUCGACUGUACCCCGAGGACACCACCUAUGUGCUGCGGGAGGAGGAGCUGGUGCUGCUGCACGGCGGCUAUGGCCAGAUUGAGUUGCACGUCAACAGCCAGGUGCUGCGGCGUCUGCUCUAUCCGCAGGGCAAGAGCCUGGCAUAGUUUAUACAAAAUUUCUUGUUUGUCGCGUUUUCAUUUCCCUUCUAAUCUAUCUAUA